CAUACCUCCGCACUCGUGUAAUUUGCAAACUCAGAGAGCUACUGAAAGGAGUUUUAUUGGUUCUUGAGCUUCUUACUCUUUUGCAGGUUUUUGAGGUGAAAUGGUGAGGCAAAGAAUUGAGAUCAGGACGAUCGACAACUUAAGUGCCAGGCAGGUGACUUUUGCAAAGAGACGAAAAGGGCUUUUCAAGAAGGCUCAGGAGCUCUCAGUUCUCUGUGAUGCUGAAUUAGCUCUCAUUGUCUUCUCUGCAACUGGAAAGCUCUUCGAAAAACCAAGGACCCAUAUGAUGAGAGCACCCUUCCUCCCACAUCCUUCACUUACAGUUGACAAAAUGAUAGGAAAGAACUGA